AUGGCGGUGCCGAACGGGGCCGGCGCCGCGGCCGGGGCGGGCCCGGGAGCCGGGCUGGGCCUGGCGCUCCCGGCGGCCCCGGGCGGCACCGGGGGAGGCCUCAGGGCCGCGGCCGGGCUGUACGAGCAGCUCAAGGGAGAGUGGGGCCGGAAAAGCCCCAACCUGGCCAAGUGCGGGGAGGCGCUGGGCAGGCUCAAGGUGGCUCUGCUGGACCUGAACUUCCUCCCCACCUCCGGCUCGGCCAUGACCAAGCAGCAGCUGAUCCUGGCCCGGGACAUUUUGGAGAUCGGGGCGCAGUGGAGCAUCCUGAGGAAGGACAUCCCCUCCAAAACCCCUGGGGGCACUGGGGGGGCUCAGAACCUUCUGGAACAUCCGGGAUGUUCUGGAAUGUCUCAGAACGUUCCGGAACCCCGCAGGGAGGAGCUGCCCGAGUCGGCGUCGUGGCACCAGCUGCUGGGGCUGAACCUGCUGUUCCUGCUGUCCCAGAACCGCGUGGCCGAGUUCCACACGGAGCUGGAGCGGCUGCCGGCGCCCGACAUCCAGGGCAACCUGUUCAUCCGGCACCCCGUGUCCCUGGAGCAGUACCUGAUGGAGGGCAGCUACAACAAAGUGUUCCUGGCCAAGGGCAACAUCCCAGCCGAGAGCUACACCUUCUUCAUCGACAUCCUGCUGGACACCAUCAGGGACGAGAUCGCGGGCUGCAUCGAGGCCGCCUACGAGCGGAUCCUGUUCCCCGAGGCCGCGCGGAUCCUGUUCUUCAGCUCGCCCCGCAAGAUGACCGACUACGCCAAGAAGCGGGGCUGGGUGCUGGGCCCCUCCAACUAUUACAGCUUCGGGGGGCGGCAGCAGAAGGCCGAGGACCCCCCGAUCCCCUCCACGGAAUUGGCCACGCAGGUCAUCGAGUACGCCCGGCAGCUCGAGAUGAUCGUCUGAAAAACACAAAAUUCCCUCAUUCCCUCUUUAUUCCCUUUUUUUCCCGCCUUUUUUUCGCGUUUUUUCGCCUUUUUUUCCCGUGAUUUUUCUGCCUUUUUUCGCCUUUUUUGGAGGUUUCCAAUGUUUAAAGUGGUUUUUUUUUUUUUUGGAGGGGCUUAAUGGUUAAAGAUUAUUUGGGCCUUUUCCGUGUUAACACCUCCAAAAUCUCCCCAAAACUCCUUUUAUUCUCCUUAUUUGUCUUAUUUUAUUGCAUUUUUUGGGGGGUUGAAGUAUUUUUUAGGGUGUGGUUAAAUAUUUAAAGGGGGGUUUGGGGGUCUUGAUGCUCUCUGAGACCCCCGGGAUCCCCAAAAUCCCCUUUUCUUCCCAUUUUCUCUUCAAUUUUUGCAUUUUUGGGGGCAGUCUUGAUGUGGGAACCCCCAAACCCCCUCAGACCACCCCAAAACACCCCCAAAUCCCCC